CUCAAGCAAGGUUCUCAAAGGUGGUACAAGAUGGUAGACAAGAAAUGCCGCCCAGUUCCCGUCCUCGUUACGGAAGACGAGGAAGCAUACUACGAGAGGGAACGAGGGUUGAUACGGCGAAUGAGGGAGAGUGCUCUAGCAGGACCAUGUCGUAUCAACGAAGGGAAUGAGGGGAGGUUGAUUACAGGAGAACCUGACUUCCUACUCCCUCAGAAGCGAACGUUGAUGGUGGAGUUAAUGAAGAGGAGGCAUCGCGCCAAUGCGUUUAGUGACGACGAGCGCGGCAGGCUGGAUGUGGACAAGAUACCUAUGAUACGUAUCCACACCGUGCCACAUGAACCCUGGAACAUGAGAGGGGCGAGAUAUCCUAAUCCUGACGUGGAAAAGAAGGUGGUGGAUUACCUCGACGGCAAGAUACGAACGCACGUUGCCGAUUAUUCGAGUGGGCCGUAUGCGUCCCCGUGGUUUUUCUUCAUCAAACCUAACGGGACGCUGCGGUCUGACUUUACGAAGACAGCCAUGCCAAGAGGAGGGAGGGGGACACGGCCGCCUCGGAGGCCGUUGGGAGCAUCAGGAGGAUAUGAGCAGCAUGGGCCUCACUAUCGACAGAGUACUCUGGUAUACGAUGAUGGGGACAUCGAGCUAUUCCUGGAUGGUUUUUGGGAUCAUGCAAGGCAUAUGGGCUGGACCGUGGCCCAGGCAAUUGAGAGACUGAGGGGAGCAGGCAGGUUCGAGGAGCCCGUCGCGUGGAUCCAUAGAGAGGGGACGACGAGAUCAGAGGUGGAGUGGAGGAUGCAGGAGCUGCGACCCUCGCCUGUGGGACCUGAUGGCAGGCCGAUCCGCCUGGAGAUUGGAAAUGUGUCGGACUUCAUCCCCGCGUUUGAGUGGCUCAUGGCACAUCUGAGGGAGACCUUUCGACGGCCAGAGCCCCCUCCGCCCAGAGUUGAGAGGCAUCAGAGGAGUCAGAGGCAAAGGGACCCUGAGCCCAAGGAGGUGAGACCGUCUCGAGGAGGACGAAAGGCCCUAUCUAGGAGAGAGGAGGAGCCAGAGCCAGACGCUGAGGAGCGAGACGCAUACCCUGAGUGUGGGUUGGGACCAGUGGAGUUCCAUCGGUUUGCCGAAGGUGAAUUGAGGAGGUCCCCAGCACGCAAGGGUGAAGAGCAUGGAGAGCAGGCAGAGGAGGAGCCACGAGAGGAGGUGCUACAGAAGGAGGUCCAGGAUACUCAGCGAGAGAGAGGGCUAGGCGAUGAGGAGAGGCGUGCAGGGAAGGAAGUGAUCGAGGUUGGAGAGGACACGCCCCCUCAGACACCAGCGGUGGGUUUGAGACUCGGGGAUGCACAGUGGAACACUCACCAGGCAGGGGAGAGAUUGCUGAGAGAGGAGACCCCAUUACCUUCAUCAGAAAAGGCUCCUUCGCAAGAAGGGAGAGCAGAAAGGAGGAGAGAAAGAGCAGCUGUAAGGAGAGAAGCCUUGACCCUCAUUGAUAGACACCUAGCAGCUCAUGCCCUAGACCACCCAGACCUGGAAGAGCCAACACGUGCAGAGCCACGCAGUGAGUCGUGCCAGCCCGAGAAGGAGAUGGAGGCAGAGAUCCCGAAGAGGGUUGACCUCCGCACGAGGGAAAGGGCGCCAGCUGGAGAGACAGCAGAGGAAAAGGGGGCGAGAAGAACCAGGAGGAUAAACGAGAUAUGGCAAGAGAGGCAGAGCUUGGAGGCAACGGGGGAGCUUUCGGAGCAGCACGAGGAGAGGCAGAGAUCGGAGGCAGCAUGAGCGCUCCCAGGGCAGCCACCCAGCGCGCCAGCUAGGGCUCCGGAGAUCCCUGAGAUGUGGAGGGACUUCUGGGAGCAGAGAGGAGAGGAGCUUCCUUCGCCAGUCAGAGUCGGGUUCGGGGUGGCAAGGAAGGCGGAAGAAAGGUUGGAUGGCAAAAUCAAGUUUCAAGCCAAGG